AGUUUGAAAAUGCUAAUUGAUGUUGUAUGAUUCUGGACAAGCCACCGUGCUGCCUUGUGGACAACAUGACCGAGUGGCGCAGAUUACUGUUCUAUUUGAAAAGUGCGCUCCUCCCUCACCGCUUUUGCCCAUUCAUGUGACGGCCCAGACACCGGUGCCCCACGGUUCAGCAUAAUCGAAUCCACCCAUUGGUCCCUUCCGCCCCAUGUCAUUUGAUUGGUGAAGUAGUUUGCACUGCAGUCACCGCAAGGAGUGUAAGCAACGUGAACUGUCAGACACAGACGGUGCACUUGACAUGGAGAGGUAUCGUGACUGGUAGUGACACCAGCAACCCCCAUCAGCUUGGUCAGCCAUGAGAGCUGCUAUCUGAGGACUUACACCACCACCACCACUAUGAAGGUCCCUGCCAACCUCAAUAUUUCCUAUGGGGACAUGGAUCCCCCUGACACCCCUCCCACCAUGUCCAUUGACAAGCUCUUCCCAGCACUCCUGGAGUGCUUUGGGAUCAUCUUGUGUGGCUACAUUGCUGGUCGAGCAAACAUCAUCACAUCCACACAGGCCAAAGGAUUGGGGAACUUUGUGUCCAAGUUUGCCCUCCCAGCAUUGCUCUUUAAGAACAUGGUACUGUUGGACUUUGGCAAUGUCAUCUGGCCAUUUCUGUGGAGUAUUCUCAUCGCCAAAGUGUCUGUGUUUUUCAUUGUGUGUGUGAUUACACUGCUGGUUGCCAGUCCCGACACUCGCUUCAGCAAAGCUGGUCUCUUCUCAAUCUUUGCUACUCAAAGCAAUGACUUUGCUUUGGGAUAUCCUAUUGUUGAGGCCUUGUAUAAGAACACCCACCCGGAGUACCUACAGUACAUCUACCUGGUGGCCCCAGUGUCUCUCAUGCUUCUCAACCCGAUUGGCUUUGCCUUCUGUGAGAUCCAGAAGUGGAGGGACCAGAGAGACCGGCAGCAGAACAAACUCCAAAUAGUGGGUGUGGUCAUCCUUCAAGUUCUGAAGAACCCCAUCGUCUUCAUGGUUGUUAUUGGCAUCAUCUUCCACUUCAUCCUGGCCCAGAAGAUCCCUGCUUUCAUGGAGCAGUUUGUGGACGGCCUGGCCAACUCUUUUGGAGGAGCGGCCCUGUUCUACUUGGGCCUCUCCAUGGUGGGCCAGUUGGGAAAGCUCACCAGGUCUACUGUUGUAGCCCUGAUCCUGCUCAUCACUGCAAAACUGUUGGUGAUGCCGUUGAUCUGUCGAGAAAUGGUGGAGCUACUGUAUGCCGACCACACCAACACUGGUCUCAACCAAUCCAGUCUCUCCAACUAUGCCUUCCUCUAUGGAGUCUUCCCUACCGCCCCCAGUGUGGCCAUCUAUGCUGCUCACUAUAACAUGGAGCUACAAGUUGUUACCUCGGGGAUGGUACUAAGCACAUUCCUCUCAGCUCCCAUAAUGUAUGUUUCUGCUUGGUUGCUGACAAUACCAUGGAUGGACCCUAAGCCAUUGAUGGAUUCACUGCAGAAUGUCAGCUUUAAUGUCAGCAUCAUCAGCUUAGUUACACUGGUUUGGACAGUGACCGUCAUGUUCCUGAGUAAGAAGUUCAAGAGACUACCUCACAUGUUCACCCUCAACCUGUUCCUGGCACAGAUUCUGGCUUGUGUCGGCAUGAUCCUGUGGAACUUUGUCGUGCGCCAAGACAGCUUCAUUGGACACGUGUUGACGUUCACACUGUUGUACGGCUCACUGUACAGUACUUACGUGUGGCCAGGUCUGAUAGCGUUUUCCCUUGUGCUGAUGAAGAGGGGUGGUGAGCUGAAGGUUGCGCCAGGCUUCCUGGUGAUUGCAGGCUGGGGAGUCCCAGGCCUUGUGGCAGCAGUGCUCCUCAUAACUGGGAAGAGGAUGCCUGACACCAUCGACUCUGCGUUCUUCUACGGGACACCCCAGAACAUCUGCACCUCAGUUGUGCUUGCCUUCAGCAUAGUGCUGAGUGGGGGCUCAUUGAUGGGCCUCAGUCGAGGCACAUGGGAUUCGAAGUACCAGGUCCUGGAGAGAGACUCUCUGUUGGGCACUACUGAGGAUCUGAGGCCCCAGAGUUGCCCCGAUACCCAAACUAUUCCAGAUAUGUUGGAGCCAGGCAGAGCCAGAAGCAUCAACCAAGAGUGCCAUAUGUGUGACUGUGCUCCGUCCCAGCCCAUGCCUGAUAUGAUUGUCAGCACAAACAAAAAUGCCGCACUUCUCAUCGAGCCAGGUCAGUGUGGGACUGGCUGUGAGUCCACAGGCUGUCUACUGGCCCAGGAGGAGCAGCAGAGGCAGCUAGCAGACAGACAGGUGGCCCGCCACGUGCUCCUAUGCCUGCUACUGACCGUCAGCCUAUUAGCUAACCUGUCCAGCUGCCUGUGGUGGCUGUUUAAUCGAGUUCCUGGGAGACUCUACUUAGAGCUGCAGUUCUUCUGUGCUGUGGUCAACUAUGGACAGGGCUUCAUCUCAUUUGGGAUUUUUGGUCUGGACAAACAUCUGAUAAUAUUGCCAUUUAAAAAGAGGAUGUCCAGUCUGUGGCAUAGUAUGAAGCCAGAGGAGCAGCCUCAACUGGUUGUGUCUGACGACAUCAUGAUGACCUGCACUCAAUUCACCAAAUACCACAAAGAGCAGUGUGUCCGGGACAUUGUCCAGAAGAAGAGGUGUGGGGAGAGGAUGGUGGCGGACACUUUUCUUGGCAGUGAGCUGGUGGAGUGGCUGUUGCAGGUGGGUCUGUCACAGGACCGAGGAGAGGCGCUGCUCUACGGUGGCCGACUGCAGCAGGGUGGGGUUCUCCAGCACAUCACCCAGGAGUACGGCUUCCAAGAUGACGAGCUGCACUACCGCUUCACAGCGUAAGGUGGGCCCUGGGAAGGCCCCGUCUCAAGGGCUCUCCUGAGGCACAGGAUGACAGAGGUUGGCUACCUACCUACCAAACCUGAAACCAGGUCUCUACCUACCUAGCAGUAAUAACCAAUAGAGGUGAAUUGAAGAGUGCUGCAUUUUGAAAUACUCAUACUGUUUUGCACAUGGGAAAUAUGCAGUCAUAACAAGCAUUGAGCACUUGUUUGUUUUUGUCUUUUGAACUGUCCGUUGUAAUAUGUUUGUGUGGUACCGUAUGCAUAACGAGAUUUAAGUUUGCCAAGGAGGCAGAUCUAAUCAUGAAUAAUCUUGCAUUAUCAUCUCAAGUUGUACAGACUAGCUUGUUCAGUCAGCCUCAUGGUAUACAUGUUUUUUUAUUUAGUUCGAAUGACAAGAAUGGUAUUAAAAAUAGAAUAAUGUUGCUGUGUAUUCUAAAUGUCCUUAAUUUGGCCAUUGUUUAGAACUUGAAAAUAGGAUACGGCAGCUAGAUCUAUUUUGAAUCAUGUAGCUAGAACGGUGUCAAAUGUUUAUGUCUGCUGAGGCAUAAUUGUGGUUUUGGUUUUGACUUAUUUUAAUGAUUCUUGGCCAGGAAAUAUACAUUUCUGAUCAGCUAUCUUUUGGGAUUUCUAAAUAACAAUUACAUUUCAGUUUGUUGGGAGAAAAGGAGUACAAUGCCAAAUGUGCCAGAUUAAAUGUCAUCUGUAUUAUGUGUUAUUUUGGAGCGAUGUUACUUUGUCCUUUUAAUGGGGUUGUGCUUAUUACUGUUGCUAAUAAGGUAAUUGAGCCAUGUAUUCACCUUAUUUGGCAUUAUGAAUGUUUGAAUGAUGGUUUGUCAAUGUAUUUGUUUUUUCCCAUGUCACUUGACUGAGAAUAUACGGUGUCAUGUACUUUGAAGCCAACUAAUGCUGCAUGUUCCUCUGAUUCCCAGCCUGUUCUGAAAGAAAAAAAACAACUAUUGCAACCUCUGGUUUACAACAGAACUGGUGGAUACAUGUUGUGGUAACGUGUGGCUCUAUCUUUAGGCCUUUUCAGGGUAUUUCCAGAUGCCUGACGGCAGU